AUCCUCUUAUUCUCUAGAUCUAGUGAUCUCUCUAGCUAUCUACAUCUCUUGCUUCAUAUUAAUUACUUGCUUUUCUUGAAAGAUGGCAAUAUGUGGUAAAAUUAGUGUUGAAUUUGCGAUCCAAAUACCAGCUUCAAAGUUCUUCCACAUUUUGGCAAAGGAAUUCCACAAUAUCCAAAACAUUUGUGAAAGAGUGCAUGGAGCCAACUUGCACGAAGGUGAUGACUGGCACUGCACUGAUUCGGUCAAACAUUGGACUUGUCACAUAGAUGGUAAGAUAAUUACAUGUAAAGAGAAAAUUGAAGUCAUCGAUGAGGAGAAGAAGUCAAUUUCAUACAUUAUCUUUGAUGGAGAUAUCAGUCAGAACUACAAACUCUUUAAAACCAAUGUUCAAGUGACUGAGACCAACAAUGAGUGUGCUUGUGUUAAAUGGACCAUUGAAUUUGAGAAGAUCAAUGAGGAUGUUAAAACUCCAUACGGCUACUUAGAAUUUUAUGAGAAGGGUACUAAAGAGGUUAAUGAUCAUCUUCUCAAGGCAUAGUAUAGCUCUCCAACCAUUAUAGUUAAACACAAAAAAAAAAAAAUCAUCUACCUCUAAAUAAUCAUUUAUGUUGUGCUUGGCUUGAGGUUAAGUUUGUUUAUCUAAAUAAUGAAUUGAAUUAGUUUAAUCAAGGAUAUGCAUUCAUUUUUGCUUCAUCAUCUGCUCAUUCAUCCUUUAUUGGAAUGAUAUUAACUUCUUCAUGUA